AUGCCUCCGCCACGGAACAACAACGCUGCCUCCGCCACCACCAGCCGUCCGAGCUCAGGCCAGGCCCGGGCGGUUUGGAUGCACAAUCAACCUCCUCUGUCCGGUUCCGGAGCGACCUCACUAACACCCCGGCGAGGUGAUGCACCACUCUCACCCACGGACACCGAUUCCGAUUCGGACAUCUCGCUCGGAACGCAUUCGCCAGUGCCGAGCAUGUCCCUGCAGCACAGUCCCAGUUCGCUGCCCGGUUCCAGCGAGGAUCGCCUGAACGACGACCGAGAUCGGGAGAAGGAUUUCCGCAGUUUUGCAUCGCUUCACUCGUUCCGCUUUGGGGACCAUCUGGCGGGCGGAUUCCUACCUGGCUCGUUCAACAACAGAUUCAUGCCUUACCGCCUCGGGGACAACUCACCUCCAAUCAAUACUCACUCACCCCCGAUAGGUUUGACACAUCUUCCAAUCACACCGACAGUCCUUCGGCCGCAGCCUCACUUACCUCCAUCGCUCUCAGUGACGGCACCGACGGCAACGACCACAUCGAUGAGUGAGUCUCCGAACAGUAACAGUAGUGCCACCACCAGUUCCAUCAAUAACGGUGCCACUGGAGGGUUGGCGAUAGGUGGAAACAGCGGUUCCAGUGCUCCCCUGAUGGCCCAAAUGUCUCCACUCAGAAUACGGGUCAGUUCACCGACGCGACUCAACGCGGAUCUGCUACAGCACAGUUCGCACCAUCAUAGUCUCAUGAACGGAUUGAACGCCAGCGGGAUCGUGCGGAUUGUUCCUAACACAACGACCAAUCUCAUUCAUCGGCCAUUUUCGCCAUCGCCCAAACCGAAGGAAGCGUCGUGAUAAAAUCUACAGCCGUCGCUGCAUGAAAAAGAACAGCCAUUCGACACCCAACGCGACUGGCCAUCGCCGAGUAGUUGAUUAAUGUAGUGAAAUAUGUACAAGGAGACUACUAGUAGAGAGCACAAGUUGAAACUAAAGCAUAUAAAUCUCCUUAAACUUGUUACUAAAGCCAUAAAACAGUGAAGCAAAUCGAAUACUUUUAAGUAAGACAUUUUAA